ACCAGCCCAACCCACCCUCUACGUUUCCCAUCUUUCUCUCUGUGCAUCACUGCUAGCAGCAUUGGAUACAUGGCAGUGCAGUGUAUAGCUCACAGAAGCACGUCACUCGGCUGUGUGCAGGCCUACUUUGCAACAGCAGACAUAAAAGCCGGCUCUGCUUCGAGCAGGGAUGGCAGACACGGAAUUAAAAAGCUUCACAUCAAUCAUGGACGCCUUGCUUCGUAUCACCUCUAACAUGAAGAGCAUGGAGAAGGAGCUGCGAUGCCCCGUGUGCAACGACAUGGUGAAACAGCCUAUCCUUCUGCCAUGCCAGCACAGUGUUUGCUUGCUCUGUGCGGCUGACGUGUUGGUACAGAGAGGCUUCCCUCUUCCUGACCUCCCCCCAGAGCCCCGGUCGCCAGCAUCCACACCCAACACUCGCUCCCCUCGGCAGCCUCGCAGACCCACACCCAAGACUCCAGACCACCUGGAUCGUGUUCUCAGAACUGCAUGCAGCACAUACCCUGGGCGGCGGCGUAAGGAGACAGUCCCUCCUCCCAUGCCGUUCCCGUGUCCUUCCUGUCAGAAAGAUGUGGAGCUUGGCGAGAAAGGCCUGACUGACUGUCCCCGCAACCUCACUCUGGAACGCAUCGUGGAACGAUAUAGGCUCACAUUGAGUCUGGGGAGCAUUGCCAUCAUGUGCGCUUUCUGCAAGCCUCCAAAUUCUCUGGAGGCCACCAAAGGCUGCGCUGACUGUAAAGCCAACUUCUGCAAUGAAUGUUUCAAACUUUACCACCCCUGGGGGACCCCCCGAGCUCAGCAUGAGCACAUCCUCCCCACCAACAACUUUCGCCCAAAGGUUCUGACGUGCACAGACCAUGAGCAGGAACGUCUGCAGUGGUACUGCUGCACUUGCCGGAGGUUGCUGUGCCCCCUGUGUAAGCUACGUCGCGUCCAUCAGGGCCACAAAGUGUUGCCAGUGACUCAAGCCUACCAGGCCCUCAAGGAUCAACUGACCAAGGAGGUUAGCUACAUCCUGGCCAACCAGGAGACCGUACAGAGUCAGAUCACCCAGUUGGAGGAGGCCAUCAAGCAAAUGGAGGCCAACAGCACCGUAGCUCUCCACCAUCUUAGCCGGUGCAUGCAGGACCUUGCGGUGUCCAUAGCUGAGCGUCAGGGGGUUUUGUCCGUGGCUCUGGAGGGCUCGCGAGGCCGCAGGGAGGAGGCGCUGUCUGCCCAGUUGUCAGCCAGACGUGACAUGCUGGAGCAAGCUGGCAUGUUGGCCUAUACUCACGAGUUACUCAAGGAGACAGACCAGCCCUGUUUUGUACAGGCAGCCAGGGUCACUCACAACAGGCUAGUGAAGGCCAUCACAAACUUGCAGUGCUUCUCCCUGUCAGCUGAUCCCUCGUUCAGACACUUUCAUCUCGAUGCCACAAAAGAGAUCAAGCUCAUCGCCGGGGUGGAGUUCAUACAUGCCCCCCUGGCCCCAGUGAUCGACACCCAGAAGACGCUGGCGUAUGACCAGCUCUUUCUGUGCUGGCGCCUCCCUCAGGACUCGGCACCAGCUUGGCACUUCUCUGUUGAGUUCCAAAGGCGUAUGGGAGCAUCCGGAGACACGUGGGGUGGCACCCGAUCCCCCAACACCUCAACGUCGUGGCAGAGACUGGACGAAGUGCGUGGGACCAGUGCCAUUGUGGACCAGUUGGAGAUUGACAGCGUUUACGUGCUAAGAGUGCGAGGCUGUAACAAAGCCGGCUUUGGAGACUACAGUGAGGAGGUGUACCUCCACACUCCACCAGCUCCUGUGUUGUCUUUCUCCCUGGACUCUCGCUGGGGCUUGCAUUCUGACAGGCUGGCGCUGGGCAAGGGUCAGACAUACGCCCGCAGCGUGCCAGGCCUUUCCCUGCUUAAGGUCGCCGACCGUACGCUCACGUCAUGUAACCUGACGGCUGACCUACUGGUGGCGGAUCUGGCUGUCUCUCAGGGCAGGCACUACUGGGCUUGCUCAGUGGAGCCCGGUUCCUACCUCAUUAAGGUUGGAGUCGGACAGGAGAUGAAGCUUCAGGAGUGGUUCCAUCAGCCACAGGACAUGGCCAGUCCACGAUACGACCCGGACAGCGGUCAUGACAGCGAGGCAGAGGACAGCCAGGAUUUGCCUGCCUUCUACUUCCUCACCAUGGGCAUGGGCAAGAUCCUUCUUCCCCGAGGCCACACACAUACAAAUUCUAAGCCCGCCAAACCUUACACGAUACCUCUGCCACCCAGACUGGGCGUGUGCCUGGACUGCGACGAUGGCAGCGUGACAUUCUAUGAUGCCCAUUCCUUACGCGUGCUGUGGGAGGCCCAUGUAGACAGUUCGGCACCAAUGUGCCCCGCCUUUUGUUUUAUUGGCGGUGGUGCCUUGCAGCUGCAAGACCUAGUGGCCAGUCGCAGCAUCGAGGAGGAACCGCUACCGCGAAGGGUGACCAUCAAAAAUCACGCAACCAAUCUUGGUAAAUAAUGAAGCAGAGUAGCUCUGUCACAACAACGUACAGUAACUGCAGGUCCACAAGUAUUUGGACAUUGAGUAUGAAUGAUAUUGCCUUUAUAUACCACCACAAUUUUGGUUGUUGACUUGACUUGGAAAUGACUUUUCUUUACCCAGAAAAGUAGUUUGCUGUCAUUCUUCUUAUUUUCUUUUUAAAAAUAUAUUACUUAAUUGGUUACCUGAUCUUAAUCCAAUAGACCUUGUUUUUUCACACACUGAAGACCAAAUGAAAGGAAGCAAUUGCCACAAACAAGCGUCAAAGAAAGGCCUGCUGACGAAUCUUUAGGAAGAUAGCAUAAAAGGCUGUAAUUACUGAAAGACAAAUAUCAGUUUAGACUUCUCAUUUUGAUUUUUUUUUUUUUUUUUGUGUGUGUGUAUAAAGGCAAAACUAUAAAUCCUAUGUCAUUGUCCAAUUACUUUUAAAGUAAACGAAUAUUGACAUGUAUUCAUUGCACAAUGAAACAUUAAAAUUUCCCACUGGCUCAUUUUCAUGCUUUUAAGUAAAGUGGACAUUGUGGCUGAAACAAAUUUAGACUAUGCACAACUCAUACAAAUAUUAAUACAAACGUUGCAUGGGUGUGGUAAGGAUUUGCUUUUAUCAAAUUCAUACAUUUCAAUUUAUGACUGUUGACAUAUGAUAGCACCACAGAUGUACUGUUCCUAAUAGUUUAAGCCUUUACUUUUAAUGUAGCCAGGGGUACAUGAAAUCAAAAUGUGAAAAGUUAUUGGUCCCAUCAAGACUGACUUACAUUUAAAUACAACUAUUUUGUUCGUUAUAUACUUUGUACUCAUUGCCCAUUUUUGGAAAGGUUGUUUGAUAUGUUUCUGUGGUCAUAAUUGCAUCAUUGCCAUGAAUUUAAUUGAACAUACACAUAGAGUACACUUGUCAAUUGAAUGUUUAGAAUGAAUGUAUAAUUUACUGUAUGUGUGUGGAAUGUAAGUGUUGGUUGAUAUUUACAGGAUGUUAAUGGACAUAUCAUAGCUUAGCUACAAAACAAGGAUGGUGUUAAAUACCUGCAAACAAUACUUAUAUAACAUUCAACAAUACCUCUAUAACCAUGUCAGUCAAAAAUUAAUGCUCUCGUGUUUGUUGUGCAGGUUUAAGUGAUUUAUGUAUGUCUGACAGCACAGAUUGUCUAUAUUGUAAUAUUUUCACAUGAUUUGGACUUGAUUGUAAAUGAAGUUUUUCUAGUGAAUGUGUGUGGUAGAAAAAGAGUGGAACCCUUGAGGCUAUACCAGAUACAGUAUUGUGAUAUGCUGGGUUUUUGUUUUUGUUUUGUUUUUUAAUCAUGACACAAGGAUAAAAAGAAAUAAAUUGUAUCAUGGCACGUAACAUUGUAAGAUUUGAAAAAGGACACAACAUAAUUUUUGUUCGUUACCAUGUCUACUCUUUGAUCUACAAAAAGAGUCUUGGUCGCAAACAGCUGGCGCUUUUUAUGGUGCAACUUUGUGAUUGACUGCUAUUGCUAACUAUGAGACAAGUAGGUAUGUGGUUAAAAAAAAAAAAAAAAAAAAAAUUAGUCUUCAAGGCUCUGUUGUAGAGAUCCUUCCUAGCGAACCUACUUUUUUAUUUUUAUUUUUAUUUUUUUAUCUAAAAAGGUCCUAAAUCGGCAAAAUCUUGACUUAAAUCUAUCUUUAAAUUAUGAAACAGUUUUAAAACUUACACAUGUUGAAAGUAGACAAAAGGGAACUAAUGCAAUAGCGGGAGCAAUUUUAACAACUUUAACGGUUGAUUCACAACUUUAAAUGACUUCCACACAUAGCAAAGGUUACUAUCUAGUUAUUGCAAUACCCUUGUGUCUAGUUAAGUGGAGUGUAAAGAAUUGGGCUAGGGCCAAUUGUCCCAAAAACCCUUUAAACUUCAC